UGAUCACGUGUCACUGAAGAUCCGCCGGAGUUGGAGAAAAGUUGCAGAAACUCGAAGGGGCUCCAGAAGAAGCGCAAAUAAACAGCCAGAAAACGACUGAAAGCGGCGGUUCGCACUCACCCACCUUCCCCAAUGGAUUCAAUGGCCCAGAAAGUGUUAUCUUCCGGGUUCAGUCUUGACUUUGGACCUUUAAAAGAACCUCUAGCCUUCAUACGUGUUCUUGAAUGGGUGUUCUCCAUAUUUGCAUUUGCCACAACUGGAGGCUACAGUGGCACGACCGGCGUCAAUGUCCAGUGUGAAGGCAAGGAAAACACGGAAAUAUUAGCGAACUUCAGCUAUCCGUUUAGGUUGGCAAAACAUUCUUACCAAGUGCCCAACUGUAAGGUCAAUGAUACUUCUGAAACUACCUACUACCUGACUGGAGACCAUGCCUCCUCUGCGGAGUUCUUCGUGUGUAUUGGAGUGUUCUGCUUCCUGUACAGCACCGCUAUGCUUGUCCUGUAUUUGGGCUACCAGCAUGUUUACAGGUCCAGCCGCGCCCCACUCGUGGAUCUGCUGCUGACUGCAGUUCUGGCCUUCCUGUGGCUGACCUCUGCCUCUGCCUGGGCCAAAGGUCUGACUGAUGUGAAGACGGCCACCAGCCCUGCAUUCAUCAUCACCAUACUGGAAGUUUGCAAAGACCCCAAAAACGCAUGCACUGCCGGAGUUCUGCCUCACAUGGGACGACUCAAUGCAUCAGCUAUUUUUGGCUUCCUGAACCUUAUCUUGUGGGGGGGAAACUGUUGGUUCAUUUACAAGGAGACACCUUUCCACAAAGAAGCCAAUCAGCCCGCUGAUGUGGAGGCAGGAAGCAGGCCAUCCUAACUCUUUAAUUAGAAGGUGUAACUGUUAUUGAGUUAUUGAGUGUUUGCUAUCAAGUUUGAAAGCGAAAUUGUUCCGUUAACAUGUUCAGACUGAUUGCUUUCGCUAUCUGUCGGAUUUCUUAGUAUUUUGUUUUGUUGCAUUUCAAAAAUAGCAAAGGAAGAUCUAAUUUAGAUUUACAAGCAAGAAAAAUUAUAUUUGGUUCCCGCUGGUCUUUGAGAACCUGGAAUUUUAGGGAGCUGUGGGUCCUGCUAAUUUCAUAUAUUUAGUCUAUUUAAGUGAUAUUGAGAACGUGUGAUAACAAUCAUCAUUCUUUAUAAAACAAUGCAAUCCGUUCCAACAGGAACCAUUGUUCUACAUUAAGUUGGUAUACAAGUCAUUAUCUUGGGUCUUUGGAAGCUCUUAUAAUGAAGAAAUCGUAGUACUCUAUAUUUGUUUAAUUUGAGUUAUCUAAUAUAUUUGGUUUGUUAAAAUGAUAGCAUAAUCAAAACUUAAUGUCUUUUGCCAAUUUGGUGUUUUUGAGUGUAUGUGUGUGGGUUAUGUACUCCAAGUAUAGCACAAAUACGUAAUUCAGUAACGCUUUUAUAUUGUAUAAUAUUUCUGAACACAAAUUGUCUUUGCGGUGAAACAGCUUUUGAUUAAAAGGGGAUAUUGCCUCUGUAUUGUCUGGAAAUCACCAAAACUUAAUCAGCAGCAAAUAUCUUUGAUUUGACUCGUCACAUUCAAAAUUUAGAAAAAGUCAAUGUUACGUUGCCAAUUUGAGAUUAUUUGGGUGUUUUAUUUAAAUCUUGUGCCUUAUUUUUUCCUGUCUGGUGUUGGUGUGCACAGACUUCCAUGUCAUUGUAUUGGUUGAAAGAAAUGUAAAUCUUAGUAAUGUUUGGCUACAAAGACCUGGUAUUAAUUUAACUGACAAAUGACUAACUUGAUACUACUAAUUUGAAAUGUGUUUUUAUCUUUGCUUUUGUCUUGCUUCUACCUCCACUUUACUAUAAGGGAAGGCGAGCUUUGUUGGCUUAAUAUUGUUUAACUUGAUGGUUCAUGUUAAGUUUUUGGAAAAGAAAGAAUUGGUUGCAAAAUGCUGAACAGCAUUAAAAUCAAAACUGGGUAA